UUAUAUAUUCCGUAUUUUGCAACGCUCAGGGCACACGGGGACUCCUUGCUCCCCUCAGGGACACCGGACGGUCCCUGCUUCCCUGAGGGACACGGACAGUCCCGUCAGGGACACGGACAUUCCCCGCUCCCCUCAGGGGACACGGGACGGUUCCGGAUCCCCUCAGAGGACACGGGACGGUCCCCUCAGGAGCACGGACAAUCCCGGCUCCUCCAAGGAACGCGGGACGCUCGCCGCUCCGCUCAGGGACGCGGGCCGGACCCCGCUGCCCUCAGGCCCUGCCGCCAUGGCCGGCGCGUUGCUAUGGCGCGGCCCCGCCCCGCCCCUCUCCGCGCGUCCCAACAUGGCGGCGGCGGGCGGGGGCCGGCGGGCGCUGCUCCCGCUCCCGGUGCCGCUCCCGGUGCCGCUCCCGGUGCUGCUCCUGCUGCUGCUGGCGGCCGCCGCCACGGCGCGGCUGUACCGGCCCGGGCACGACCCGCUGACCGUGCUGACGGCCGGCUCCGUGCGGCCGGCGCUGCUCAACUCCUCGGCCGCCUGGGUGGUGCAGUUCUACAGCUCGUCCUGCGGCCACUGCAUCGCUUUCGCGCCCACCUGGCGAGCGCUGGCGGGGGACGUCAAAGACUGGGAAUCUGCAAUUAGAGUUGGAGUGCUGGACUGUGGGGAAGAAGGGAACUAUGAGACGUGCAAAGAAUAUGGGAUUCACUACUACCCAACUCUUAGGUACUUCAAAGCAUUUACAAAGCAGUUCACAACUGGAGAGAAUUACCAAGCAGGAGCAGAUCGAGAGCUGCAAACACUUCGUCAGAUGAUGAUUGACUUCCUCCAGAACCAUUCCCAGGAGCUGAGACCUCCUGCUUGCCCACCACUGGAUCCAGUGUUGUCCGGUGAUCUCCCAUCUCUUUUUGACAAGAACAGCCACCACUACACAGCCAUUGUGUUUGAGAGCAACAGCUCCUACGUGGGCCGAGAGGUUAUCUUAGACUUGGUCCAGUAUGAAAACAUCGUGGUGAGGAGAGCGUUGAAUUUUGAUAAACCUUUCCUGGAGAAACUGGGGGUCACCUCAGUCCCCUCGUGCUACCUGAUACAACCCAAUGGCAGCCAUGGAUUAAUUAACAAUUUGAAGCCUCUACGGUCUUUCUUUUCUUCAUAUUUAAAGUCACUGCCAGGUGUAAGGAAAAAACUCCUUUUGCCACUGCAGCUGCCUGCUCCAGAAAACAAAGAGGAGAGCACAGAAAUCAAGGUGUGGAAAGAGUUUGAUAAGUCCCGGCUCUACAUGGCUGACCUUGAGUCAGGAUUGCAUUUCCUGCUCCGGGUGGAGCUGGCCACGCACAAGGCACUCGAGGGAGCUGAGCUAAAAACCUUCAAGGACUUUGUCACCAUCUCUGCCAAGCUUUUUCCUGGCCGUCAGCCCGUGGUGAAGUUGUUAGAGACCUUGCAGGAGUGGCUGGUGAGCCUUCCAUUAGACAAAAUCCCUUAUGAUGCUAUCCUGGAUCUGGUCAACAACAAAAUGCGGAUUUCUGGGAUAUUUCUCCCCAGGAAAGUCCAGUGGGUUGGGUGCCAGGGCAGCAGACCAGAGCUGAGGGGCUACAGCUGCUCCCUCUGGAAGCUGUUCCAUACCCUCACUGUUCAGGCUGCACUGAGCCCAAAAGCUUUGGUAAACACAGGUCUUGAGGACAACCCCCAAAUUGUGCUGCAGGUCAUGAGGAGAUACAUCCAGCACUUCUUUGGAUGCAAGGCUUGUGCUCAGCACUUUGAGGAGAUGGCCAAAGAAUCCAUGGAUUCUGUGAAAAGCUUGGACCAGGCUGUUCUGUGGCUCUGGGAGAAGCACAACGUGGUGAACAACAGGCUGGCAGGUGAUUUGACUGAAGAUCCAAAAUUCCCCAAAGUUCAGUGGCCAACUCCAGACAUUUGUCCUGCAUGUCAUGAAGAAAUCAAAGGGCUGCACAGCUGGAAUGAAGCCCAAGUGCUGCAAUUCCUGAAGUCCCACUACAGCAGUGAAAAUAUUCUCUAUAAAUACACCGAGAGCCAGACUGACCCCGGUGACAACGAGCAGGGAGACACGAGGGAGGUGAAAGACAAAAACCUGCUGAAGAACUCGGUGGGAAAUGGAGAAAACAAGCUCCAGGAUAAGGAGAACCCAGGAGAUCCGGGCUCCAAGGUGUUCCAGAAGCCAAUGGGAAAUCCUGGAGCUGUCCAAGGUAGCGGCAAAAGCGCAGCUGCAUCCGUCAACCUCAAAGGGACCAGGCAGGCUGUGUCCUUCCUGGGGAUUGGAUUUUCCAACCUAGACAUGAGUCUGUGUGUCAUCCUCUAUGUGGCAUCAUCCUUGUUUUUAAUGAUCAUGUACUUUUUUUUCCGGGUGAGGUCCAAGCGCUGGAAAGUGAAGGCUCACCGUUCCUCGGUGUAGGAGUUCUCGCUGUACGUGGCUGUUGGGUCCCAGACACAGCUUUAAUAUUUAUGAUCAGGGAUUUUAUAUGCAGUAUUCCUUGGGUCAGGCCCCUUUCUUCCCGAGGCAUUUCCCAGGUGUUCAGCUGAACAGGUGGAGCUGGCCUUGAGAUCCCCAGGCUUUGCCCAAGGCCACGUCAAUGUCCUCGCACGGGAGCGUUGCAUUUGGCAGUUAAGAUUUUUCCAUGACUUCCCACCAACAUCCUUUACUCAUUUCCAGAGUAAACAUUGCAUUAUGCAAUCUGCUGUGCCUGCUGGAGAAGGAAAUUGGAUAUUGUUUUGUGUAUUUUCAAGUCAGGUGUUAUUUUUAUUUUUUUUAAUUCAUCCAGAGUUGAUUUCACCUUCCCGAGUGCUGAAUGGUACCUUGGCUGCUUCACUGGGAGAAGCAGGAAUUCUGAUGUUUCUUUUCAGGAAACAUGAGUUCUCUUCUGAUUAAAUCAAUUCUAAACCUCUGUGACUUUCUGAAAUAUUAUUUACAUAUUUAAAGUAGGAAGCAUUUCAUGUUCAAAUCAUUCAUCCAUUCUCUGGUGCGUUCCAGACGAGGAUAUGUGUGUGUCAUCACUAGGGUGAGAGUUUUGGGACACAAUUAGCAGCCUGAAUCUGAUUGCCAAGUAAUUAUGGUGUUAUCCAGGUGGAAACAAAUCCUGAUGAACUCUAGGAAAGGAAAACAAUGUUUUUAGUGAAGGGCAGCAUGAUUUGUGUUAUUGUGGCAGAACAGAUUGGAAAAUCUAGAAAUAUUGAGUUUCUUCUGUUGAAUUUCCCCAUCACAAGAGAGCAAUUAACACUUCCCUUGGUAUUUCCACACAGAGCUGCCCCAUUCUGGGAUGUCCAGUUCCCUCUACAGCUCAGUGUGGGGUCCUUGGAGCAGCAGUGAGAAGAAAUCCUGAAAACAUUACAAAAUCAUCCUUGGGAGUAGGAGGUGCUGUGAUCCUGGCUGGGGGGGAUAAUUCACGUCCUGGAUAGUGAAGUUUAUAAUCCUAUCCAAUGUAAUUGAGCAUGUUCUAGUUAUCCAUUACCUAAUCUUUAGUUAAUCCUAAUAGGUUUUGGCCUCAAUGUUUUCUCGUGGCAGUGAGUUCUCCAGAUUAAUUAUGUUAUAUAAAAAGGCUUUUCCUUUCAAUUCUACAUUUGCAACUUUUAAUUUAAUUGAAGGUUUGCUGGCUCCUCUGUUACAUGAGAAGGAAUAAGGAGUCCCUGGCCAAUUCCCUGGAUUUAUACCAUUGGUGUGUCCUCCUCUAAUUUCCCUCAGAAGCCCCAGCAAAGAAAGUUUGAAGCCUGGCAACAAAAAAGCACAGAAACUCCACAGGGUUAUUUUUUUUAUAAUCAAAUAUUGGCUGUUCACAAAAUGGAGUGUUUCUGACAGGUCUCUGCAGCAUCCAGUUGGAAAGACAGAACUGAGCUGCAAAGAUUCACUGUCCCUUGUAGCUGAAAUUUAUCACAGUAACACCCACAGAGAGGAACAACUUUCAGGGGCUGCUGUGAAUGUGUCAGAGGAAGAAAUCUCAGUUCUCAGGACCCUGUCAGUCCAAGAUUCCUGCAGAGGGGCUGGGUCUGUGCCCUUGAAGGACCCUCAGAAUUCCAGAGUUCUGGCAGAAGGAACCAUCCUGGGUCUUUCCUCUUUAGGAGUUUGUGACUCCCAUCCUUAGAGCUGCUGGGCUUGGAUUUCAAACCCCCUGCAAGCACAAGGGUGAUGGUGAGCUGUUGGGAAAGGGGGUCCAGGCUCAUCAGGGCCCUUUGGUUUGGGCUGGAAUCCAGUGAGAGAUCCCAGGGCUCAUUCAGAGGAAAACCUGGAGAUUCCACACUGACUUUUGAAAAUCCGGUAACUUUGGGGUGUUCUCAGCCCUCCAGCAAGGACACUUAGCUUUAAAAGAAAAUCCAAACACCAGGAAAACCUAACCCAGCACAGCAAUGCUGAGCUAGUUCAUCCCUGCUGUCAGUAUUGCACAUUCUCAAGUUGAAAUUCAGUCAUUAGUUGUUUAGAAUUCUAACAAGAAUAGACCUGGUUUCAUAAGCUUUGAUUCAUUCUGCUCAUUUUCAUCUGCACAUGAAAGCAAAAGGCCUUGGGGGUUUGUAGGGGUGGUUUUGCCAUGUAAAAACAGCAAAUGUGGGUUUGGAAUAAAGUUUGGGGGUUUUGCUACACACAUUUAACUUCCACAUUGCUGCAACCCUGCUGCAAACACAACAAAAUGAAUCAAUACUCAAACUUCAGUGGCUUUUUUUGUCUCUUCAGACUAUAAAAGUAUGAAAUUAAUGAAAUUAGGAUGUUGCUUGUCCAUGUUGGUGCUCCAGCUCUUGCCAGUGAGCCAGCCAAGGCUUUCACUCCAAUGUCCUCAUCUGGGAAGGUUUUCUUGACUUUGAAUUCACUUGAGCAAAUCUUGGUUUGCUUGGGUUUAUUUUUGUCUUUCUAAUGACAAAUUUUAUGUCUCUGUAACAAUAGCCUGUGCUGAGGCAUGGGGGAUGCUGCCAGGAAAGUGUUUCUGGUUCAAAAAAUUGUCUCCAAGCCCCACAUCCUGAACCUUGGAGGGUUUAUUUGUGUGGUGUGUUGUCCACAGAGGUUCCUGCAAUGCCACUUCCCUGUGGGAAUCGUGCUGUGCUGGGGGCAGUCACUUGGCCCUUUGUAAUUCAUGGAGCUUUCUUUGCUCUCAGGAUGUUUUCAAAUAGGAAAUAUUAAAAUAAAAAGAAUAGCUUGUGCCAGGAGAGACAAAGGCUGCAAGUGCUAAAGAAACCCCAUGAAGUUAUUAGUGAGAACUCCUAAUUUUCUGUAUCCAGCAGUGCAUCCACCCUGCUGUUCCUGCACAGAGCUGGAUGGGAACAAAAGUCCCAGGUGUGGUGUUGCACAUGAGGUGUUGAAAAUAGUGACAAUACCAUUUCAGUAAUUUAAAUGUUCUAUUUAUUUGACGUCAAUAACUUGACAUUUCCAAGUCUGUUCUGGUUGGGUUGGGUUUUUACUGUCUCAUUCCUCUCUUGGAAGGAAAAGUGACUGUUUUGUACUAAAUUGUAAACUAAUGUGCUUGUUUAAAAUAAACUGCAAACGUUUGGGCAAAGUGGA